ACACAUUGACACACACUCACACAGUCAAACCCAUGUUUACUGCCCAAAAAUCUGCAGUCGCUGCCUUGUGUUGCACCGCUGCCUUCCCCGGGGCCCCACACAGCAGGUAGCCUCAUCCGAUUAGACCUGAACAGUGAUUGUACUGUGAUGAAGAGGAAAUGUGGCAGCAGGGAACAGCAGGAGCGAGGAUUGUACUGACAAAUGGCCUCUGAAUGGACGGUAUCCAAGGAGGUGUUCAUAAAACAACGAGGCAGUGAAGAAGGAUGACGGCCAUCAAAACGGAUCUCAUCAAAAGUACUUGGAUUUCUUCUCAGUGGUCGGUGUCGUUGUUUUCAAAUCACCGGCCAACUAAUCUGUCUCGAAGGCCCAAUAACAUAGCGUGAGACAUAAAGGCAUUGAGACACACAACGUGAGGUGAAAUUGUUUUUUAUUGUUAUUCUUGUACACCUUUCUCAGUUUCACACAAUGUUAUGAAUCAAAAUUGCAUUUUUUAUAAUGUCAUGUGACGUAGAGUUCCUUGCAUGUUUACAUGUGUUGUCCAUGCAUUUUAUUAUCUUUUACAAUCUGGAAAUGUUGCUUUGCAUCACCUGAUAAUGGCACUUCUUGAUUUUAUACCACGUUGUGUUAUUUAUAUAAGUUCUCUACCUUUACAAAAACGAUUGAAGUUACUGUGAGGACUUGUAGGUAUUUCAACUGUAUAACAUUUGUAUAAAUGCAUAGGCGAGCAGCUGUUAUUUCUACUUCACGGUAUUUAUAUGCUUCUCUGAAAAGUAAACAGUCCUUACAGAUGUUUCCUCAACUGCUGUUUCCAUGGUCAGCAAUGGACAAGAUACACCUAAAUACAUUUGUAAAUUAAAGGUUGUACAUAUCUGAAGAAAAUAACACCACGGUUAUUACACCCCCGAGAAGAAGAAAUGAAAGGCAGGGUUACUGUCCCUUUAACAAGGUGAGGUCGGGGUGUGGUUUAUUCCUGCCGAAGUCCCCGGAUCAGGGUGCCGGAAUAAACGCAGGCCGCGGUCGGCGGAGGGGCUGAAGCCGCAUCAUGUCAGCCGGGUCCCCCCUCCAGAGCGCGCGCUGUGGGCCGUAAUGGGCGGACAGGUGUCUCCGCGUGUCACGCAGGUGGAACAGGUGGACUAGCCGGACAGGUUUCGGUUGUUGUUUUCCUUUUUGAAGGCGAUGUCGCCACUUGCACAGCUAUCAUGAAGAUAGUCGCAACUGCAGCGAUUCUACACUUUUGUUUGUGCGCCACAGCGGCAGUUUCGGAUAGUGACUCCACCGAAACGGCCCUGGUGGCGGCACCGGGCGACGUCGCCGCACUUCCGUGUUACGCCGUCGGUAACGAGACACCGAUUCUCACGACGUGGGUGAAAAACGGACAGGAGGUCGCCUCGUCCCAGACCCCCGCCCCGGCCGGGCAGCGCGUCACGGUGACCAAUGACGGCAGUCUGCGGAUCGGGAGGGUGGCGCCCGGGGACGAGGGCACCUACAGGUGCAGCUCCACGCUGCCGGGCAACUACACCUUCCACGCGCGGGUCUCGCUGCGCGUAAGCACAGGCCCAGAAAAUGUGUCCACGUCCGUCGGCCCGGCGACGGCUCUCUCCAACGGGACGCUCGUGGUCCUUCGGGGAUCGAGCGUCUCCUUCCACUGCUCCGGCUCGUCCUACCCGUCUCAGCGGCUCACCUGGGCCUUCUCGGGAGCCUCGUCCAGCAACGACUCGCUGACCUCCACCGCCAACACCACGCUGGACUUCAGGAUAGAAGACGUUCAGCCCGGCGCUCAGGGCGUUUACAGCUGCAGGGCCCACAACCCCGUCUCCGGUCAGGCCGUCAAUAGGAGCACCCAGCUGCUGGUGUACUAUGUCCCAGACCGACGCCCAGACUGCGCGUGGGCGCCGGCACGGGACCCCUCCCAAGUCCGGUUCAACUGCACCUGGUCGGGGGCGUACCCGACCCCGACGCUUCUCUGGGGGGACGGCGACGACCAGGGCGACCCGCCGGCUCACCGGGUGGGAAGCGGUUACGCGUCGGACCGCGGCGAGAGCCUGUCGCUGAUGCUGAACCGCUCGGCGCUGUCGGACGGGCAGACGCUGAGGUGCGCGGCCCGGCACCCGGCGCUCGCCGCGGGGACGGAGACGUCGUGUUCGUUUACCCUCAAAUCGCCGUACCCUGAAGGCGAGCCUCUGGUCACGGCGCUGGCGGCCACCAGCGUCACUCUGACGUGCACCGAGGACGUGUCCCUCCCGCCCGCCAACACCACCUGGAAGAGAGGCCUCCAGCAGGAGGACAUCGUCCCCGGGUCGAAGUACGUCCUGUUCAACGAUGGCCCCGCCCGCCGGCUGACGAUACACAACAUCAGCAAGGAGGACGAGGGCGUCUACUUCUGCCGCAGCGAGAACCCGCUGGCCGUCCGCGAGCUGGAGGUCUACCUCACUGUGAAGACCUCCUCCGCGUACACCGGCGUGAUCCUCGGGGUCUUCAUAGCUGCUCUAAUCGUGGGAUCCGCCGUCAUCGUGGCUAAAACCCUUCACUUCAACCGGCACCGCAUGUGCCUGGGUAAUGGCUUUGGGCAAAUGGAGGAGGACAGCGGAGACGUGCUGAGUCUGGUGGAGUCCGACGACGAGCAGAUCUUUCGGGACGCCGUUCCACAGCUUCCCCCGAUCGCCAACGGACACCAGACGACGCUCGUCCAGAUCCAUCGCAUCCCGUCGAGCGAUCAUGAGGAUGCAGAGACAGCUGACACGAGCCCACAGGAAGACACGGCGCAGACUGAGCCGCCGGGGGAUCUUUUGACAUUAUAGGUUUUGGGGUCAUUUUAGAUGAGUGCUUUAAUUUCAGUGAAUACUAUUUACUCCCAAGGACAAUGUGAAAAAAAUUGGUGGAAGAUACACAAAAAAAAAAUCAUCUCCUUUGAAUUUGUCAUUUUUAAGGGUUUUUAAAAAAAAUUGUAAGCUUAUUUCUGUUAUUCUUUUGUACAGCAUUGUGAACGUGUUGCUCUGAUAUUGAGAAUUGUGCAGUAAAUGAGGCUGUUUGAAACGGA